AUGCAGACUCCGCCUCCAUUCCUCCAGUCUGUCAGUCCAGAGUCGAUGGCAUCCGCCUCACAGGUGCCGGAGCGUGAAAACUUUUCAGAAUGGGAAUGCCGAUGGAGGUGUGCACCAUUCCCGUCGGUGUGCUCUUUUGGGAAUUCGUCAGAGACAGCAUGUCCGUUCUUGGUGACAGCAAGCAUCGGAAGUGCCCUUAGGGCGUCUAGAGCAUCUUGGAACGCAGUCCGUGAUCGGAUUCCACAGACGUCUACGAAAACGUGUGCGUGUCCUUCUGCCUGUAUCGUGUUCCCUGGUAGAGGACGUUGCAGAUUGGCGCGGUGGCGGAUCAUGCGCCGGUUCGCAUGUCUGACGGCGACAUUCGGCUUCGGUAUUCUCACGUUGUUCCAUAUUUUGGUACCGUCGCCGUCGCAGGCUCAGCCGUGGUGCAAGUACGACUUGUCACUGACUCCAAAAGAAACAAAGGAGCGUAACUGUGGGUUCGUAUGUCCAAAUCCAUGGGGUGCUGAAGACCCCCACGAAUGCGGCGAACCUCAUCCGUGCUGCUGCGCUCCCGUGUGCGACAAGCAGGAGGCUACGAAGCACGCCUUCAUCGGGAUCAACUGGUCCGACAAAUACUCGAAACUGAAGAUGAGUCGCGAGCGAAUGUUUGGGAUUCUGAAGCGCAAUGGCUUCUCCCACAUCAAGCUGUUCUCACCUGACGGUCUCGCCUCCAUUCAAAGGGUGUACGGUUCAGAUGUGCAUGUGUAUGUCGCUCUGCCAAAUCGAAUGCUGACUCAUUUGGCCAGCAACGAAGCGUAUGCCCUGCGCGUUAUCCAGCGCCAGAUUCAGCCUUUUGCGCACCUGAUUCGUCUUUUGAUCGUCGGCAACGAGCCCCUGAUCUGCAUCAAGACCGCGGAGUGGGCAACGAAACAAGAAUGCGGCUCGCUGAACAUCCCUGCGAAACUCCUGCCGGCCAUGAGAAACGUCAAGAAGAGCCUCCGGCAGGUGGGAUUAGAGCGCAUGCCUGUGACUACCGCGUUCAACGGAGGGAUUCUGGAAAUGUCAAAAAAUCCGUGGACACCGUGUGUCGCGGACUUUCGCGAUGUUGUGAAACCCAUUCUUCGCAACGUGUGGGCAUUUUUGGAGGAACAAACGCCUCGCGCGCCGUUCAUGGUCAACAUUUACUCCUGGUUUGCAGCCAUGGCCGGCCACAUCACUCCAGAUAUCUCCGUUGGUGUCCCGUCUGCUUCGGGGCACGUCCCGUUCGAUGGCGCGUACCAGUACUACUUUAACUUUGACAUGCAGGUGGAGAUGCAACGGGUUGCCAUGUGCAAAAACAACGUGACACAUUUGGACCUGUGGAUCGGCGAAACCGGGUGGCCUUCGGCAGACAGUCCGCGAGCGACUCUAACGAAUGCGUACUACUACUUUAAGCACGUCGUCAUGCGGGCGCAGGGCAUGACUCUGCAUAAUGCGACUGAAGAUACGAUACGGACGCGAGGACUCGCCUACCCGAUUUUCCUGUUCGAGGCUUUCGAUGAAAUGUUCAAGUUCGAAAUUGAACAUGGAAACAAGUUCGAAAACAACUUCGGUCUCUUUUACGAGAAUGGACUGCCGAAGUGGGGCACACCCGAUGGCCUUCUAGCCCUGCCUAUCCCGAAUGGUACAAAUGCCACAGAAAGCGAGAGUCAGAAAAACAGUGCUCAGCCUCGUGUUUCUGCUCGACGACUUGACGACGAUUUCUGAACAACGCCAUCUUACUUCGGUCGCUGACUGUCCACUGCCCACCCGAGUCUGCUCACUGCAACUUUUCCGAACUGUUUUCGUAGUCUCGAACAAGUAGGGAAUCGCGCAUGUUCCAUCUUCUCUUUAUCAUGUAUUGCCCAAACCAACGUACAGGGAGGUAAGGAACAAAUGGGUGCUUCUCUUCAGUGCA